GAACGGAAGUUUAUGAAAGCGGAAUCUUAAGUGAUUUCCGGUUGUAAAUAAAACCAGCAUUGUUAUCAUGAACAUAGAAAAAUAAACAAUGACACGGACUAAAGGAUUACACUGUUUUCUGUUUUUUAUUCUGGAACUUACAUUACAUAUAAACGCAAAUCGUUGCAUCAUUCCACGCGGUGGCCAAUAUAGAAGGUCUGUUUUCCGUCCUCAGUAUGGUUCGAACACCAAUAAAUAUCCUCCAGGCAGGCGAAUAAGUCAUGGAACGAAAAUAGUGAUCACUUGCAAGAAGGACAUUUACCAUGAUUUAGCGACACAGUUUUCUUUUAGCAAGUGUCAAAAUGGAAAAUGGGACCCGGCUCUACCGCAAUGUAAAGUUCAAAGAAGAUGUAGAGCACCAAAAGCUAUUCAACACGCCACUGCGUCAGAGCCUCUAACGCCAAAUAUAACUUUCCCACACGGCACGACUGUGACGUAUACAUGUGACGUAGGUAAGAUGGCAACCGGAAGUAAUACUGUCGUCUGCGACAAUGGCGAAUGGAGCGCAUCAAACUUUACAUGUUUAGAUGGACGAGGAUGCCUUAUACCGAGUGGGGCACAGUACAGAAGGUCUGAAUUCCGUUCGAAAGCUGGUUCCAGCACCGGUAAUUACCCCGCUGGUUCCAUGAUUGGCAGUGGAAGUACUAUAGUGGCUAUUUGUAAAAAGGACAAAUACGGAGAUGUUAUAACAAAAUGGAUUUCAAGUAAAUGUCAGAGUGGCGAAUGGAUUCCUGCGUUGCCAGGUUGUAAAGUUUACAGCAGAUGUCGGGCACCACCGUCGAUUGAACAUGCAAUCGCAUCCGAAAGAAUAACGCCUUAUAUAACAUUCCCACAUGGCACUACUGUGACGUACACAUGUGACGUAGGCAAGAUGGCGACAGGAAGUGAUACUGUGAUUUGUACAGACGGACAAUGGUCUAAUACGAACUUCCAGUGUGAAGACAACCCUGACUAUAUGCCGGGCACAACGACUGUCAUAUCGACUACUACUAAGAGGAGGAGAUGCUCUCAGCUGACAGUCGGAAAUGGUAAAAUCUCUGUCCGAGAUACAGCCUACGAUACCUAUGACGUCACGUGUAACGCUGGAUUUCGGCUAAAGUCUACAAAAACUAACACAUAUAUAUGCAGAGGAGGCACGUGGAUUGAUGAAGAACCUAAAUGCGUGAGAGCUCUACAUCAGUGCGAAAUCUCUGACACAAUGAGAAGAGGGUCCGAGAUCAAGUCGAAGGCAACAGGGGAGAUAAUUAAUGUUAUGUUCGUCCACCAUUGGACACAAGUCGUGCAAACGUGUAAAGUGAAACUGAGAAAUGCGAAAAGCAGGACGGCAAGAUGUGUAAAUGGGCGCUGGCGACCGACUCUUAUGACUUGUCCGGACAUCAGCGAAAAUCGCCAAAGAAAUUCUGAUAUAGAUUUCGACAACAAUGCUCCUGAUGAAACCACCAAACAGACGCCAGCCACGACGUCAUGUAUGAGCCAGACAACUUCCGGUAUGACGUCAUUUACUAUAACGACCACCCCUGUCACAACACAAACCGUGUCAACUUUGCAGCAGGACGAAACUACAACUGGAGAAAUGGUAUCUCAGACGAUAACUGAAGAUUUGUCAACUUUCAUCAUGACGUCAGUGAACACAGCAACCUCGACAGAGACGAUUCUUUUGACAUCAACUGAGGACCAAGAAGCAUUUGAUAUGACGUCAUCUAAUCAGACGACGACCGUUACUACGCCACAGAUGACAAUUUCGACAUCAUCUGAAGAUAAAGCAACAUCUGGUAUGACGUCAUCUACGAAAGCGACCACUGUCACUACGGCACAGGUGACAAGUUCGACAUCACAUGAGCGUCAAUCAACACCCGGUAUGACGUCAUCUACUCAAAAGACCACCGUUACUAAGGGACAGGCGACAAACUCGACAUCAUCUAAUGGUAAAGCAACAUCCGGUAUGACGUCAUCUACUAUAGAGACCACCGUCACUACGGGACAGGCGAAAAGUUUGACAUCAUCUGAGCAUCAAGCAACAUCCGGUAUGACGUCCACCACUGAAACGAACUACGUCAUUACAGCUCAGAUGCCAGGUUAUGGAUUACAUUUCUCUUAGGCAACAACAUAAUGCAUCGUCAUAGAACACUAUUUCUCUCAUUUUAACCCUUACCCUGCUAAAUUUCUAUAAUGAACUUGUACACCUUUCAAUUUGGACAGGACCAUUGACUGUUAAAGGGGGUGCUUACCAAAAAAGGUACUGACUGAAUGCCGAACAGCGCAGAUCAUGAGACUGCACGGACGUGCAGGCUGAUCAUGAUCUACACUGGUCGCAAAGGCAGAAUCAGUCUAGUCCAGCAUGAUCAGGGGUAAUGAGGCAAGUAAAUGUUUUUCGUGUGUUAAAUCUGCUUACAGUAAUUCAGCUUCAACUGUAUUUCACAUAAAUCUCACAUUUUAGCUUGAUGCCAUGGUAUUUAUUGACCAUCUCCUACAUUAAGCAAUUCCAAACAUGAGAAAUAGUAAUAUACCUUUUUAUUUUCCGAGGUACAAUAAAAUUCUUGCAAAUUUGCACUAUGGUCAGAUUAACGUCCAAAAUAAGUACUGUUGUCAAAAUAUAUUUCUUCAUCUGUACUAUCGCCAAAUUUUAGACUUGUAUUUUUACAGGCAUUUUUUACUGUAAAAGUAUCCUCCUGCAUUUAUACUGUCUUAACUAUCGAACUGUCUUAAAAAGUAUCGAUAUACAACUUUAAUAGAGCCAACGCAAUUUAUGGCACUCCGGGGCCGCGUGGUUAAGGUCGCUGACUUCAAAUCACUUGCCCCUCAUCGAUGUGGGUUCAAGCCUCACUCGGGGAGUUGAAUUCAUCAUGCGAGGAAGGCAUCCAGCAUCCAGCUGGCGUACGGAAGUUGGUGGUUCUACAGGUUCCCG